AUGGAAUAUCUGUUGAAGGUUCUAUGCGUUUUGUGUUUACUCUAUUCCAUUUCAAAGCUUUUCAAGAUGUUUGUUGAACGUAGAAGUGAAUCAUGCUACAUAUUAGCAUAUGAGUGUUACCAACCAAAGGAAGAGAGAAAACUGAAUACUAAUAUAUUAGCGAGGAAAGUCUUUACCAAGAAAAACCUGGGUCUAGAGGAACUCAGGUUUCUCACCAAAACCAUGGCUAGGUCAGGAAUUGGUGAGGAAACGUAUGUUUCCAAAAAUAUUAUUGAAGGAAGAGAAACAUGCCCGACUCUCAAAGACACGCAUGAAGAAAUUGAUGAAGUGAUGUUUGACACUCUGGACAAGCUUUUUAAGAAAACAUGUUUCUCUCCUUGGGAAAUUGACAUUCUUGUGGUAAACCUUUCAUUGUUUUCACCAAUUCCUUCCAUCACAGCUAGAAUCAUUAACAGAUACAAAAUGAGAGAGGAUGUGAAAGUCUUCAAUCUUUCUGCAAUGGGUUGUAGUGCGAGUCUUAUAGCUGUUGAUCUUGUGCAACAGCUUUUCAAAACAAAUGAAAAUUCCUUGGCCAUUGUUUUUAGCACACAGCAGAUUGGUUCUCACUGGUACAGUGGGAAAGAUAGAAAUAUGAUGUUAUCCAACUGUCUUUUCAGAUCCGGAGGAUGUGCAAUACUAUUAACAAAUAAAGCGGAGCUGAAAAACAAAGCCAUCUUGAAACUCAAAGAAAUGGAAAGAACAUGUUUCUCCAGUGAUGAAGCCUAUAAUUGUUGUAUCAGAAUGGAAGAUGAAGAAGGGAUCGAAGGAGCUCGAUUAACAAAAAGUCUUGUUCAAUGUGCUUCAGAAGCCUUAACCUUAAAUUUGCAAAGUCUCGUUCCCAGGAUUCUUCCACUUUGGGAGUUAUUAUUAAUAAGCACUGGUAUGGCGAAAUUAAAGUUCAAAAGGAGAAUUCAGCAUUUUUGUAUUCAUCCCGGUGGUAGAGCGGUGAUUGAUGGAGUUGGUAAAGGUUUAAAGUUAAAUGAGUAUGAUCUUGAACCAACUAGAAUGACACUUCAUCGUUGGGGUAAUACUUCUUCCAGUGGAAUCUGGUAUGCUUUAGGUUAUAUGGAAGCUAAAAAGAGACUCAAUAAAGGUGAUAGAAUUUUGAUGAUUAGUCUUGGGGCUGGCUUUAAGUGCAAUACUUGUGUUUGGGAAGUGAUGAAAGAUGUAGCUGAUACCAAUGUUUGGACUGAUUCUAUUGAAAAAUAUCCUCCACCGUUACACAACAAUCCUUUCGAAGAAACGUUUAAUUGGAUUCACGAUCAACAACUUAACUUUGUGAGGUUCGAUUUUAGCACUAUCAAGAUUGAUUAA